GAUCUUUGUAUUUUGCUAGACGGUAUGUAAAAUGCCUCUCUGUCCUCAUAGCACAGUAACUCAGUGUGAGAGAGAGAGAGAGAGAGAGAGAGAGAGAGAGAGGGAGUGCUUUGUCGUUGUUAUUCUGAGGACGACUGAGAGUUGCCCAAUACUUGGCGUCUCCUCUCCAACCGUUUCAAAUACACAGUGACACAAAAUCGAAUGCUACCACCGAUUCUCUUCGAGUUCUUCACCACCUCAAUCCCACCACCAUUUCUCUAUCUUUCAUCAAUUCCAUCAAAUACCCUUUAGCCUUCUUCCUCUUCUCUUCUUCCCAAGAUUGCCAUUCUUGCAAGCUUUUCUCAUUGCUGGGUCUGGGACUUGCUCCAAAUCGAUACUUUCCAAUUGGGUUUUUGCUGUUUUGGGAUUUGAGCAUCUGAGUCGUCCAUGGCUGCCUCCUCUGUUGCAUCUCCGCUCUGCACGUGGCUCGUGGCCGCUUGCAUGUCGGUCACGUGCGACGGGGACUGUUCCACCAGACCUUCCAUGCUCAGCUCCUCCAAGAGACGACCCAAAUGUGCUGCAAGAAGGAGGCUGCCGUCUAAAUGUAGUAGCUUCAGUGCCGAUUUUCAGAAGGGCCUGAAUUCUGCCUUCAGUGGAUCCAGCAUUCAGGGCCUCAUGAGCUCCUGUUUGGCUUUUGAGCCUUGCGAUGAGUACUACAGCUCAAAGGGUUUAUCUUCUUUGGGCUCCAAUGGACUCUCCUCGCUGUUUGGAUCCAAAACUGGGACUACCAGUCGAAGGCAGAGGCGUUUUCAUGGAGCCGCCCAUUCUGGGGAAACCAUGGCUGUAGCUGUGCAACCUACUGAAGAAAGAACAAAACAGAAGAAACCUACAACAAGACAGAGGCGAGUGGUUGUAACAGGAAUGAGUGUGGUGAGCCCACUUGGUCAUGAUUCUGAUGUCUUCUACAACAAUUUGCUGGAGGGAGUUAGUGGCAUUAGUGAGAUAGAAGCUUUUGAUUGUACCCAAUUUCCAACGAGGAUUGGUGGGGAGAUCAAGUCUUUCUCAACUGACGGAUGGGUAGCACCAAAGUUUUCCAGACGAAUGGAUAAAUUCAUGCUUUACAUGCUUACUGCUGGGAAGAAAGCCUUGGCAGAUGGUGGAAUUACAGAAGAUGUCAUGGAACAAAUUGACAAAGCUAAAUGUGGAGUUUUGAUUGGUUCAGCAAUGGGUGGCAUGAAGGUGUUCAAUGAUGCAAUUGAAGCUUUACGGGUUUCAUAUAAGAAGAUGAAUCCGUUCUGCGUACCUUUUGCAACUACAAACAUGGGUUCUGCCAUGCUAGCAAUGGAUCUGGGUUGGAUGGGCCCAAAUUAUUCUAUUUCUACUGCUUGUGCUACGAGCAACUUCUGUAUCUUGAAUUCGGCAAAUCAUAUCAUUAGAGGCGAAGCUGAUAUUAUGCUCUGCGGUGGUUCAGACUCAGUGAUGAUACCUAUUGGAUUGGGAGGCUUUGUGGCAUGCAGAGCACUUUCACAAAGAAACAGUGAUCCAACGAAAGCAUCACGCCCUUGGGAUAUUAAUCGCGAUGGCUUUGUUAUGGGGGAAGGAGCUGGCGUUUUGCUUCUAGAAGAGUUAGAACAUGCUAAGAAAAGAGGUGCAACUAUCUAUGCAGAAUUCCUUGGUGGAAGCUUCACAUGUGAUGCUUACCACAUGACUGAGCCACACCCUGAUGGUGCUGGUGUUAUUCUCUGCAUAGAAAAGGCAUUAGCUCAGUCUGGGGUGUCUAGGGAAGAUGUUAAUUACAUCAACGCUCAUGCUACAUCCACACCGGCCGGAGACCUCAAAGAAUAUAAUGCUCUUAUUCAUUGUUUUGGCCAGAAUCCUGAGUUGAGAGUGAACUCUACAAAAUCCAUGAUUGGUCACCUGCUAGGAGCAGCUGGUGCUGUAGAGGCUGUUGCAGCAGUACAGGCAAUACGAACUGGGUGGAUUCAUCCAAAUAUCAAUCUGGAAAACCCAGAUGAGGGUGUGGAUACAAAACUACUAGUGGGCCCAAAGAAGGAGAGACUGGACGUUAAGGUGGCAUUGUCUAACUCAUUUGGGUUCGGUGGCCACAACUCGUCAGUCUUGUUUGCCCCUUACAAGUAGUAACACAGAUCUAGUGUGCUACUCCAACUUUUGCUGCAAUCCCUAAGAUGGGAUUGAUCCAAUUGCCGUAAGCGCCCAUGAAGUCUCCUUUGUAUUUGAUCUUCUGUUUGGUUGAGUGAGUUGCAGCUCUGAAAACUUAAUUCGGUUUGACAGUUGAUCGCUGGAGAAGACUGUUGAGGUGGCCCAUAAGUAGAACAUUAAGAGCUCACCCAAUGGUUAUCAAGAAAUACUUUUGCUUAGAAAAUUUCCCUUCUCAUAAAUAGCCACAGUAGGGUUUGAUCUUCGUAUGUGCUAGUCAUUGAACUGCCGCAAGGGCAAUAGUUAACGUUUGAUUUUGGUUUUCAUGUACAAGUAGUUGGCUGAUAAGAUCAGAUAGCUGUAAUGAAAUUUGAGUUUGCAGUUGCAUGACAUUACUUUUUUCGAAA